AUUUUUCAUUCUUUUUUCCCUUUCACAGUCUCUCAAGCCUAAAAGACUCAGAAAAUCUCGUUAAGCCAUGAGCUCGAAUCCGCAACGAACUCACUCGCUGGCGUUUAGGGUAAUGCGGCUUUGCAACCCGUCGUUCCACGUCGAACCACAGCUCCGUCUCGACCCUGCCGAUCUCUUCGUCGGCGAGGACAUGUUCGACGAUCCUCUAGUCGCCUCUAACCUUUCCUCUUUGUUAUCUACCCACCUCAGUAAGUCCACCGACUCCUCCGAUAUUUCCUUCGCCGACAGAUACUUCCUCCAACACCCUUCCGAUGCUAUGGGUCUAUGGGCUUCUCCGGCCUCCUCCUUCUCCCCCAAUCCUUCGGGGCGAUUUACUUGGGAGAGACAUUCUGCAGCUAUAUUAGCAUCAAUAAAAGCUCAAAUUUUGAAGUUAGGGACGUUAUUAUAAAGGUCAGUCUGUUUCAUUUUGUUUCCUU